AUGACUAAAAAUAAAACGGGUGCCGUUUGGGAAGAUAGAGAGGUGCUAUUUGAUUUACCAUUCGCAUACCUAAAGCUCCGCCCUGGCGAGAAGAUAUUUGAUAGGAUCGAACCCAUAGAAGACACGAAAGGCAACAGCGGUACCAAGGGACGUAUGGUAGUUACCAACCUGAGGAUUAUCUGGCAUUCAUUGGGGUCACCUAGGAUCAAUUUGUCUAUAGGCCUGAACUGCAUUCUAACUACAAACACGAAGGUCGUGAACUCCGGGCUCCGUGGCACAACCCAGGCUCUUAACGUAUUGGCAGCUUACAAAGCCAACAAAUAUGAAUUCAUCUUCACCAAUUUAUCUCCAAACUGUGUUCGACAUUAUACGUCAGUAGCUGGAGUGCAUAAAGCGUAUACAGGCUCCAGAUUGUAUCGUGACCUUAAGCUGAGAGCUGCUAUAAUACACAACAAGCAGUUACGGAUGUUACCGCUAGAAAAAAUAGCAUUACUGGAGCAUAGUAUCUGGAACCUAUCGAGUGACUCAGGCAACCUGGGUACCCUGAUAGUGACUAACGUCAGGGUGGUCUGGUUUGCAGACAUCAACGACGCCUUCAACGUAUCUAUGCCCUACAUUACGAUUGAAAGCGUCAAUGUAAAAGACUCAAAGUUUGGAGAAGCACUUGUGUUUCAAGUUCGAAAAUCGUCUGGAGGCUACAUAUUGGGUUUUAGAGCUGAUCCUCGUGAAAGAUUGAGGCCUCUACUCACAGAACUACAAGCUCUGCACCAAGCUUACACGGAGAAACCCAUAUUUGGUGUCGAACUCAAUUGGAAUAAUGAGAAUACAAGGCCCUCAGACGCUGAUAUAGAAGAGUUGGAAGAAAUCGGAGAGCCCCGUGGUGAAAUGGGACCUAAUUUGUACUUAGCAUCGCAACUUGCCCAGAAUAAAGAAGAAUUUGAAAGCCCACCAGUUUAUAGUUCAUAUUUAGGACUAGCUAUAGAACCACUGAGAGAAGGAUUUACUUUAAAAAGUCUUUUUGAAGUGCAAACUGCAUCGUAG